AUGGGCAGACCUAGAAUCUACCUCACCAGCCGUCGAGGAUUGGCUAUUGAAAUUAAGAUUUGGGGUAUGGGCAGACCUAGAAUGAAGACUCUUUUCAUAGCCGAAGCCUGGGAUUUCAGGUGGAGACUCUUUUCAGAGUGGGUUGAGGUGGUGGUUAGGGGAGAGAGUUCUUCAAUACUCGAAUCCAGAUUUACAAUAAGGCAGGCGAGAGCGAGGGAGGUAGGCGAGGGAAGGCAAUCGACUGCUGAUUCCUCUGGAUUGACGUCGCGUUCCUCGUGUUGUGCGACUUGCCGGCGGGUGGACAAGAUGAUGGAGGAGAUGGCGGAGUUUUACUCGUCGCAGUCGUGGUCGGGUCAGACCGGGCUGCUGGAAAUGAUCUAG